CUUGAACGCAUUGUUGUGAUAUAAUUUAAAAUAUAAAUUUUGUACGAUAUACAUCGAGAGAGCGGAAUGUUUAGUGAUAAGAUUUAUAUAUACAAUUAUAUUAUACACGUACUAGACGACAAAGCGGGCCAUCAACUUUAGUUUUCCCAAUCAUUGAACAAGAUUGAGCGUUGAUAACGACAAGAUAAUUUAUAUAUUACUCUAUGACGUUUAAUUAAGUCAGUCCUUUUUUGGGUGUUGUACAGUGCUGUUCAUAAUGACAUUAGAUCGUCUGGAAUCGCCCACGGCAAAAAAAAAGCUUUCAUUCGGUGUGGGUGGAGCAUUCGUGGAAUUACCUGUGGAACGGACUGGUUGGGCGAAUAAGACUGAAUUUGUUCUAUCAUGUAUUGGAUAUGCUGUUGGAAUAGGAAAUGUUUGGCGUUUUCCUUUUCUUGUUUAUCGUAAUGGUGGAGGUGCCUUUUUAGUUCCUUUUAUAUUGAUGUUGAUCACGAUGGGUUUACCAAUCUUCUUUAUGGAGCUAUGUAUGGGUCAAUAUACUGGUGUUGGACCUGUAGAAGCAUACAAACGAAUGUCUCCAGCAUUUGGUGGGAUUGGACUCUGCACUUUAGUUGUUAUCGCAUUCGUCACCGUUUAUUAUAUGGUGCUCAUCUCGUGGACAUUAUUUUAUACCUUUGCAUCCUUCUCAAAGAAACUCUCUUGGGCGUACUGUGACAAUGACUUCAAUACUGAGAAAUGCUACAGUGCAAAACAAGAUGAAGAGUGCUUUAACAAUGAUAGUACCACAAUUUUUUUUAAUAAAACAUGCAGAGCGAUUCGUGAAGUUUGCAAAGAUUUUGGAUAUCAUCAGGGUGGAAAUAAAACGCAUUGCUUCAAUCAAACUUUACCUACUUCGCUGCAUUCGUUGUACCCAAGGAAUUUGUCAUCGGAGGAAUAUUUCAACUAUUACGUUCUUAGACAACAAGAUGCUACUUGGGAUCAUUGGGGCAACAUAAGAUGGGAGCUCUUCGGAUAUCUCACUGUUGGUUGGAUAAUAUGCUAUCUUUGUCUAAUACGAGGCGUUCAAUCCGUUGGGAAGGUCGUUUAUUUUACCGCUCUGUUUCCGUACUUUGUAUUGAUCGCUCUUCUUAUUCGAGGUGUUACUCUUGAAGGUGCAGCAGGUGGAAUCAGGUGGUUUAUUGAGCCAAACUGGUCGCACCUAUUGAGUGCAAAGGUUUGGGGUGACGCAGCAUCGCAAAUCUUCUAUUCCCUUGGUAUCGGAUGUGGAUCUCUAAUUACUAUAUCAAGCUUCAGUACGUUUUCGAAUAAUUGCCACAGAGAUGCCAUAGUGAUAACGCUAACCAAUUUAUUUACAUCUAUAUUUGCUGGAAUUGUGAUAUUUUCAAUUGUGGGUUAUUUGGCAAAACAAAUGGAUGUACCAAUAACUGAAGUCGCACGAGAAGGACCAGCUCUAGCUUUUAUUGCGUAUCCUGAAGCAGUUGUUCGCAUGCCUUUGGCAAACUUGUGGGCAGUGCUCUUUUUUUUUAUGUUAUUUAUUCUUGGGCUUGGAAGUCAGUUUGCAGGAGUUCAAGCUAUACAUACAGCCAUUUUGGACUUACGACCAGGGUUACGAAAACAUGAAAGUCUUCUGAUGCUUGCUAUAUGUUUCUGCGGAUGGUUACUGGCCUUACCAAUGGUAUUUGAUGGUGGUAUCUAUCUUUACAUGUUGAUGGAUUGGAAUACUGCCUCUUGGGCGGUACUGCUGAUUGGAUUGUUUGAAGUUGCGGUUCCAGCCUGGUGCUAUGGAUGCAACAAAUUUCUCGGCAAUAUUAGCGAAAUGCAAAUGCCCUUUGGCAUUCUCGUCAACGGUUAUUGGUGGCUCAGUUGGAUGUUCUUGACACCCAUUACAUGUGUGGGUGUAUUUAUCUAUCAGCUAUCGAAGUUUGAGAGCGGUUACUACAACGCUUACGUUUAUCCAAAAUGGGCAGAUAUGAUUGGUAUUUUAAUCGGGUUGGCUACAUUGGCACCCUUACCAUUAUACUUCUUAUAUUGUCUCUGGAAAGGACCACGAGACAUGAGUUUGUUCCGGCUGACAGAUAAUUGGGGCCCAUCACAAAAAACAUCAUGGUGAAGGAAGACAAUAAAACGGGAACAGCUAAAGCAGAAAAUGAAGCAAAGUAAUUUAACCAUCA